UUUAUUUUACAAAUGACAAAUAUUUUGUCGCGUCCGAAUUUCUUAGACAAGUCGAAGUUUUCGCAGAUUUGGCGUGGGCAAACGUUGGAUUCUAUGAUGGAAAGACAGAUAUGAUUGUCAAGUCCGGAUUUCAUUACGCCAAUGGAAUCAACGUAUCACCUGACGGAAGAUACUUGUAUGUUGCAUCAAUUACCAAAGGCAUUAUUUUUGUCUUCGAGAUAAUGAAAGACAAUUCACUCGAAGAAAAAAAGAGAAUUAACGUAUACUCGGGUGUUGACAAUAUAGAGGUUGAUAAAAAGACAGGUGAUCUAUGGUUGGGAUGCCACGCUGUUUUGUACCAAUUUGCUAGGCAUGAACAGAAUGUCACGAGAUCUGCACCUUCGCAUGUAUUGAGAAUUCACUUUGGAUCCAAGAGCGCCCCUUACGACAAAGUAGAUAUCCACCAAGUUCUCAUGGAUGAUGGUUCGUUUUUAAAAGGCUCCAGCGUUGCUAGUUACUAUGACAAUAAAAUGCUUGUGGGAACAGUAGUGGAUAAACUAGGCUUCUGUGAAAUUAAACAUUUAUAAACAAAAAAGUUACCUUUUAUCUACUGUCAUUAUAUUGCAUUGGGUAUCACAUGACUUGUGAAACACUAUCUCAUUGGCUACUUUAUGAAAUAUUUCAGAUAACGACAUCAAAUAUGGUACACUAAUUUUUUCGAACUUAUGAAUUACUUUCAUGAAGCAGGAAUGAACGUCAAUAAAAAUUAUAAAACAGUAAA